UUUCGAUAGUAAAAACCAUCGAUACUAUCGAUAGUGCCUUCGAUAGUUUUCAAACUCUAGAAGAUUCUUUAUAGGAAAAUAAUUGUAAAAAAAAUGGGAGUCACAGGUCUGUGGAAACUGGUUGAACCUUGUGGUAAUCCUGUUCCUGUAGAGACUUUAGAAGGCAAAAUUUUAGCUGUGGACAUAUCUAUUUGGCUCCAUCAGCUUGUCAAGGGAUUUCAAGACAACCAUGGAUCCUCGCUCCCACAUGCUCAUUUACUUGGUCUGUUUCAUCGUCUGUGUAAACUACUUUAUCAUAGGGUGCGACCUGUUUUUGUUUUCGAUGGAUGUGUACCACAGCUUAAACAGGAUACUAUAGCUAGAAGGCAGCAACAACGCAGCAAACUGAAUAGUGAAGCGGAUCGAAUACAAGCUCUUUUGCUACAAUCCCUCGCAAAGGAAAAGGUAGUGCACCAAGCAUUAGGUGCAAAUGCUGAACUUUUAAUUCAGUCACCUAGCAAAAGGGUUAGCGUUGCAAAUAAGGUAGAAAAAGAUAAAGAUGGCAUGUUCAAAUUACCAAAACAACCAGAUGAAGAGGAACCAGUGGUAGACACAAAUAAUAUGAACACUUUAUUAGAACCAUCUACAUCCACGAAAGAUUUCUCUUUCGACGAAUCGAAUCCUUGGAGGGAAUACAAUGCGAAUUUGCAAGCAAUUGAUGUGCUCAGCGAACAUUUUAAAAGUCUGCCGGCAGAAAUCCGCCAUGAAAUAUUGUUAGAUAUUAAAGAAACGCGAAAACAAUCAUCGUGGGGCCGUCUACAUAAGCUACCAUCGUGUAGCCAUGAAUUUAGUUCAUUUCAAAUGAAACGUUUGCUAAAACGCCGUGCGGUCCAAGAAAGUAUUCAGGAAACCGAAAAGGAGAUGGGUGAACGCGCAUUGACCUUUACAGACUUAAAAAACUUGUUUACUGAAGAUGGUAUUCUAGAACCUGAUAACGUGAAUAAAAUCACGAAACCAGUAUGCUCAGAUGAGGCAAUUCGGUUUACAUUGGUUCGAGAUUUACAAAAAAACUUAGAUAAAAAUAAAGAUGUAGCAGACGUUCCUAAGCAAGACAGUGAAACAAGAACAAACUUGAAAAUAAACAAAAAUGAAAAGGUAAACAUGGAACAGGUGGGACUACCCAGGGAACAGUAUGAUACAGAUUUGAAGAGAGCAAUUGCAAUCUCAUUGGAAGACGUUGCAUUGUCUGUCUACAGUACGGAAGAUUGCGAGUACGAACCAAAUCAGAAUCUUAGACUAAAUAGAAAGCAAAGAAACCAAUUAAAAAAUUCCGCCAUUGGACCUGCUCGUGCUUUUAUGCUUGAAUACGGAGGAAUGAACCGCGAAGAAGUAGAAGGAGUACUGAAGAAAACCCAUGAGGAUUAUGGUGUUGGCAAGGCCAUAUCAGCUUUUUUGGAAGAUAAGCAAUAUGAAGCAAAUUAUGCCGAGGAAAUUAAAAUCAACGAAGCAGCGCAAUAUAACCAAAAGCCGGCAGGAAUGGAAAUUUUUAACAAAAUUCUCUUUAAUAAGGAUUAG